CGGUGAAAUCCUAGAGCAGAAGCUUCUGUAGCCGGUGUGGAGUAUGAGCCCGAUGUUAGCUGUGUUCACGGUGACCCUGCUCUGUGUGGGGCACGGCCUGCCGCUCUCUUUCCAGUCAAGAAAACAUGAUGGAUUCCAGACUAAAGGCCAGUUCACAGAGAAGUAUUUCACUCAGACUCUGGACCACUUCAACUUCAACAGCAUGGGGAAUGGAACCUUCCAGCAGCGAUACCUGAUCACAGAUAAGUACUGGAAGGAAGGCUACGGCCCUAUUUUAUUCUACACUGGCAAUGAGGGAGACAUCUGGGAGUUUGCAGCUAACUCUGGUUUCAUCUCAGAGUUAGCUGCACAGCAAGGUGGCCUGGUCAUAUUUGCAGAACAUAGGUACUAUGGCCGCUCGCUGCCGUUUGGCAAAGACUCCUUCAGCUCCCCCCAGGUGGGCCUGCUGACGGUGGAGCAGGCGCUGGCGGACUUCGCUCUGAUGAUCUCUGAGCUGAAGCAGCAGCUGGCCGCUCCGCUCUGCCCUGUCAUCGCGUUCGGAGGCAGUUAUGGAGGAAUGCUAUCGGCCUAUAUGAGACUCAAGUAUCCCAACAUGGUGGCGGGGGCUCUUGCUGCCAGCGCCCCCGUGCUCUCCACUGCGGGGCUCGGGGACUCCAGACAGUUUUUCAGAGACGUUACAGCUGAUUUUGAGCGGGUAAGCCCAGCGUGUAGAGAUGCUGUGAGAGGAGCGUUUCAGCAGCUCAAAGAACUAGCUCAGCUUCAAGAUUACAGUCGGAUCCAGUCGGAGUUCUUCCUGUGUUCCCCGCUGGCGUCCUCUCAGGACAUCCAGCAGCUGUACGGCCUGCUGAGGAAUGCCUUCACUCUGAUGGCCAUGCUGGACUACCCCUACAGCACCCACUUCAUGGGCAACAUGCCUGCCAACCCAGUCAAGGUGGGCUGUGAGACCAUGCUCAGUGGACCGGACCUGCUCACCAACCUCAGGAACACAGCAGGGAUUGUGUACAACUCUACGGGGGGGCUGAGCUGCUUUGACCUGUACACCCUGUAUCUGCAGUGUGCCGACCCCACCGGCUGUGGGCUGGGUCUGGAUAGCCUAGCCUGGGACUAUCAGGUACUCCCCCCAUCCAAACACACAGCACAGAACAAGCAGGAUGUGAAUGUUGUGUAAUCAGAUCAAAAUGUCAGAAUAAUAAUAUACAGGUUAGUAUCAGUCCAUCCUCUCUGGAGAGUUUAAAGUUCCAAACCUUAACAAUCCUCAGUCAGAAUAAUGAUCCUGGCAGAAUCUUUUUUUUUUUCUUCACCUCUUUCACAGAAGAAAGAAUUGAGGUAUUACAUUUAGAUUUACCAGUUGAAUAAAGCGAGCAGAGAAAGAGAUGUAGAUCAUCAGAUUCAGUUCAGAGGACUGGGACUAGGCUUCUUGAUGAAUAAGAUUAACCUCUACAGACUCUCAGACCUCAUUUCCAUUACAAAGUAUAGAAUGACCUCUAGUUGUGAUGUGUGUAUGAAUGGUAGAGUCUGUUGAAAAAUGACACAUUAUUUGUCCCACUCAUGGUGGUGCUCCAUUUUCACACUGACGAUCCACACUGAGGAUCGCACACUGACGUUCGCACACUGAGG